UCUGUUCAAGCAGCCGAGCUUCCUCUCUCUCUCGGGUCGUCGCCAAAUCGUUGAUUCAACUUCCCGAAGCUACAAGGUUCCCCAAUCGGCUGCUGCACAACCACCAGCUUCUUUUUCCCACAGAGGAACAUCUCCGCUCACUUCGUGUUCACAAUGUACGCCACGCGUUCCCUGCGGAUGUUCCGCCCUACGGUUCGCAUGAUGCGGCCGAUUCCGAAGGAGGAGCAGUCCGCGCACACUGUCUCGCAGCGUCUCCGCCGCCUCAAGCGGAUUCCCCCCGAAUUGCUGCCCCUCGGCGUCGUCGUUGCGUUCGCCGUCACGGCUGCUGUCUACUCGAGCUUCCGUCAUCUCGCCACUGACAAGAACAUCCGCCUCAAGAGGCAAAACCGCGCUGCGGAUUCUCACGCUCAGGAGGAGCACCACUAAGGGAAGCAGUACCGUUGGCUGGAGCUGGUGGGAGGAAGCUCGUUAGACUUGGAAUGUCCGGGUAUUGUAUAUGAAAAGGAGAUUGAGUUGGGCGAACUAUGGGACGUGAUUUAGGCCCUCUGUGUCUCGAAGGUAGGCCGCC